AUGUCCGACUACCCAAACUACGGCGCCAUGUCCUACCUUCGCGAAAUCUUCAAAGCCAACCCCCCACGCUACGGCCCCAGACCCGUCAUGGACACAUACACACGGCCCGCAGCCACCCACUACUCCACAGGCAUGAAAGCAGCGCCCGCCGAAGAGAACUGGUUCUCCAAGGCGUUCAAGUUCCCCUAUGUCGGCCACUCGCUGGAAAUGGACGAGCUGACCAAGAACCACUGGGAGUACAAGCGGGAUCUGAAUAUGUGGCCCGGGCCUGUGUUGUUUGGGCGCCCCUCUUACGGUGGGCGCGGCGUCAGCAAUAGCCAGUUCUUGGUGCAGCGGGAUGGCGAGGCCCAGACGGGGGGCAGGAAUAUCCUUUGUGACUGCUUCGCCUCCGUAAUACUCGUCCUCAUCUUUCUUUCCCUCGGCGUGUGGUUCCGCCGUAGGAGAUCCAUGCGUAGAAAGGUGGAGGAGCAGCAGCAGCUGCAGCAGAGGAAUCGUGAUAUCGAGAGAGCCCAGUUUGGGCUGUAG